AUGGGUUUACAUUCAGGCCAAAAGAAGCACUUUCCCCUGCGGGGGAUCGACGGCGUUGUUCAGCUGUUUGACGCCGAGCUCCGCAAGUCUGAGCCGGACUUAGCCCUUCUUUCCCUGGUCCUGGGUUUUGUCGAGCACUUCCUGGCUGUGAACCGAGUCGUCCCCAUAAACGUUCCAGGAGUGCGGUUUGAGCCGCUGGAGCCAGACUGCCCCAACUCCUGCUUCCCCACGGUGGAGCUGGGUAUGAUCUCUGCACUGUACGAGCGCUUCACGGCUCAGAUCCGGGGUGCGGUGGACCUGUCCCAGUACCGGAGGACUACUUCGGGGUCCAGCAGGGAGCUGGUGAAGAAAGUGUCAGACGUGAUCUGGAACAGCCUCAGCCGCUCAUACUUCAAGGACCGGGCUCACAUCCAGUCUCUCUUCAGUCUCAUCACUGGCACCAAACUGGACAGCUCCGGGGUUGCCUUUGCGGUGGUGGCAGCCUGCCAGGUUCUCGGCCUGAAGGACGUCCACUUAGCACUGUCUGAAGACCACGCUUGGGUGAUCUUCGGCAAAAGCGGCGAAGAGACUGCAGAAGUCACCUGGCACGGAAAGGGUAACGAGGACCGACGGGGACAAACAGUCACAGCAGGAGUUAAUGAGAAAAGUUGGCUGUAUCUGAAGGGCUCCUACAUGAAAUGUGACCGAAAUAUGGAGGUGGCCUUCAUGGUCUGUGCUAUCAACCCAUCACUGGACCUACAUACGGACAGCUCUGAGCUCCUGCAGCUGCAGCAGAAACUCCUGUGGUUGCUGUAUGAACGUGGUGACCUGGACAGGUAUCCCAUGGCUAUGGGCACUUUGGCAGACCUUGAGGAUCAGGACCCAAUACCUGGCAAAGAGAACCCCCUGAAAAUCCACCUCAAGGCCGUAAGCUCUGCCCAGAAGCACUACAACAACGAGCACAUCUACCCCUACAUGUACCUGGCUGGUUUCCACUAUAGACACAAGGAUGUGCGGGAGGCUCUGAGGUCCUGGGCCGAGGCAGCUCAGGUCAUGCAGGAGUAUAACUAUUUCCGUGAGGACGAGGAGAUCUAUAAAGAGUUCUUUGACAUUGCAAAUGAUGUUGUCCCCACUCUGCUGAAAGAGACCACUGCUGCAGACAGUCCUGGAGAGGGAGGAGAGGGGGGAGAAGGAGCUGACAAGGAGCUCCCCAAACAAGCUGCAGCCUUCUCGGCACUCCAGGACCCAGAAUGCUUUGCCCACCUGCUGCGUUUCUAUGAUGGCAUCUGCAAAUGGGAGGAGGGCAGUCCCACGCCGGUCCUUCAUGUGGGCUGGGCCACCUACUUGGUUCAGUCCCUGAGCCGCUUUGAUGCUCAGGUGCGUCAGAAGGUGUCCAUCAUCACCAAAGAGCCAGAGUCCCUGGACGAUGACGACCAGUCCAGCGAUGACCCCCGGGAGGGCCGCCGGCGAGGCCCCAGGAGGGAGUCCAGGCUGGAGGAGCAGAACUCAUCUUCCCCUCCUGCUGCGCCCACCUCCCCAUCCACCCUGCUCCCAGCAGCAUCUCAGCCCAGGAAGGUGGGCGAGGGAGGCGGCCGCCGCCGCUCCUCACAGGGUCAGCGGAGCGGAGAAGCCGACGGCAAACCCAAGUCCCCCAGCCCAGAUUCUGCAUCCUCCCCGUUGUCCCAGCAGCAGGCGUCCCCCUCCCCGGUCGGCCCUGUUGUCGUCUUUCAGAGCGAGAAGAUGAAGGGGAUGAAGGAGCUGCUGCGUGCGGCCAAGGUGAACUCCAGCGCCAUCAAGCUGCAGCUCACCGCCCAGUCACAGGUCCAGAUGAAGAGACAGAAGAGCACCCCAGCAGGGGAUUACUCCAUGUCCUUCAUGAAGCGGCAGCGCAAAUCGCUCUAGACAUGUUGAUUGUUGUAGAGAUUCUGUACGACAUACUGUGAACAGCCGCACGGACGCCCGAUCAACCUCGCUCUCGUUUGUGAAACUUUUUAGCUGUGUUUUCAUCCAGAGGUCGUUUUCGGCGAACACCCUCAUAGUUCCCAGGAAUAUAUUUGACAUGCAAAGAUGUUCUGCAGUUAAAUGUCACAUAUCAGGUUUGAACUGAAGGAAUGGACUUUUCACUGUUUUUAUUUAAAAAGAAAUCCUCCCAUUUUUGGGGAACUACCUGGUUGAUCAGUUGUAACCUUCACUCAUUAGUUUUGUGUUUUAAUUGGCAGCCAAUUGUACACUGACUAUUAACUUCUCACUGACUUAUACAUGGGUGUUUGAAGCCAAAGUAACGACGAGGACCAGAAUUCAACGUACAGAUGUGUAAAUAUCAACUUGUACCAUUAGGAACCUGUUCAUAACUGAAGCCUUGGAAGUAAUUAAUUUAGGAUAGUUACUGUGUAACAUUGUCCACUUCUGCUCUAUCGACAGCUUCUUUCUUGCUAGCUCUUUGUUGCCUUACUUUGCUUUUGUUCUUUUCUAAAGUAGGUGGCCUUUAGUUUUGAGAAUAGCUGAGUGAGGCCUAUUUUUAAUGAUUAGAGAACACCAGGAAGACCAUGCACUGUUGAGACAAAGUCACAUUAGGUGGCCCUGCUACAUCCUAUUUGCUUGAUGACUUGAUGUGGUUUUUGUUCUUGUUUUGUAUCUGCAAGUAAUAAAGACCUGACGACAGAGUGUGAUGAUC